AAAACCUUAUUCAUUUCAGGACAUGGACCUGUUCCAAUCCCGAAUGUUUCGUUGUCUUCUUGCGCUCAAUGUGGUGCUCCUUCCCUUGGCUCAAGGCAGCAUCCACUUCUACGACUUUGUUCUGAAGGAGCAAAAUUUCACGAAGCUGUGCGUGACGAAGAGCGUGUUGACGGUGAACGGCAGCUUCCCGGGGCCGGAGAUGAGGGUCCAUAAAGGAGACACGGUGUUCGUCAACGUUCACAACCACGGUUACUACGGCGUCACCCUCCAUUGGCACGGCGUCAAACAGCCUGGAAAUUCAUGGUCGGAUGGCCCCGAGUUCAUCACGCAAUGUCCAAUCGCCCCGGGAACAAAUUUCACUUACGAGGUCCAGUUCACAAACGAAGAAGGAACCCUGUGGUGGCAUGCUCACAGCGAGUGGACACGUGCAACCGUCCACGGCGCAAUAGUCAUUCUACCAAUCGAAGGAACCACUUAUCCUUAUCCGAAUCCCGAUGGCGAGGAAGUCCUCGUGUUUGCUUGUUGGUACAAGGAAAGCAUGAGGGCAUUGCUGGAGUUAGCACUUGAUACUGGCUCAGACACGCCUCGGUCUGAUGCCUAUACGAUCAACGGUGAACCGGGUGAUGCGUGCGCGUGCUCUAACGAGACAACAUAUCGCGUGCUCGUCGAUUAUGGGAAGACGUAUCUACUACGUAUGGUUAAUGCGGUUCUCAAUGCGGAACUCUUCUUCUCGAUUGCCGGGCACAACCUUACCGUGGUCGGCAUGGACGGGGCCUACCUCAAACCGAUAGACACCGCCUAUAUCAUGAUGACUCCGGGCCAAACGAUGGACGUUUUGGUCACCGCGAACCAGUCCCUCAGCUACUACUACAUGGCCGCGCGACAGUACUCCAGCGACCGUCUCGACGUCACCAAUUACGAUCAUAGCAACGCGACGGCGAUUCUGCAGUACCGAGGCAACUACAGCGCUCCCGAAGCGAUCCCAUUCCCGUCGACUCUACCAUCAUACAAGGACAACGCCGCGGCCCUGACGUUCACGGACCGCCUCCGGAGCCUGGCGUCGGAGGAACACCCCGUGAACGUGCCACAGAAUGUGACGACGCGCAUGUUCGUGUUGGUAUCCAUGGGUGUGCUGAUUUGCCCAAAUAGCUCAUGCGGAGGAAUUUAUGGGGAUAGGUUGGCUUCAAGCAUGAACAAUUACAGCUGGGUCAACCCCUCAAUUGAUAUACUACAAGCUUAUUAUAGGAACAUCAGUGAUAUUUACAGCACGAAUUUCCCGGACUUUCCCGGGAUUUUAUACAACUUCACGGGUGACGAUCUAUCGCUGAACAUUUCAGUACCAACGAAAGGGACGGUCGUGAAGGUGUUCGAUUUCAACGAGACGAUUGAGAUUGUGUUCCAGGGGACAAACAUCAUCGACGGGGCGGAGACUCAUCCUAUGCACUUGCACGGGUACGCUUUUUACGUCGUCGGCACCGGCAUCGGCGACUUCGACGUCGAUACUGACCCUCAGCAAUACAAUUUAGUCGACCCUCCAUAUCUAAACACGGUCCCCGUGCCGAAGGGCGGAUGGGCAGCUAUCAGAUUUACAGCGGACAAUCCAGGUGUAUGGUACAUGCACUGUCAUUUGGACCGGCACUUGACGUGGGGCAUGGACACAGUGUUCAUAGUGAAGAACGGAGGCACGCCCGCAACGAGCCUCCGCCCUCCUCCGGCUUACAUGCCACCGUGCCAUAACUCAACUGGCUCAUCUCGAUUAUUUAGUAUUUUAGACAAAGAAGCACACUCGUUGAUAAUGCGGUAAAUUAGAUUUCAUCUGAGUCUGUGGUUAA